GCCGAUAGCAGCCUGCAGUCUGAAUGCAUACUGCUGCCCGCGUCAGCUCCGCCGGCUGCACCGCUUCGACCAGCACCGAGGGUCGGACACUAAAAACACGGACACGAUCUGCGGGGGUUCGGCUUCUUUCCUCCCGAGGAUCGUCCUUUAAAUUCCCCGUUUACAGUCCAGUGGUUAGCGACUCUCUCAGUGUGGAGAUCUUGGCCAUGGCUCCCCUCCCUGUCCCCUUCUCCCUUACUGUGCUACAGCUAGCAGCACUGACUUAUGUGAGUGGUGGGGCAUACUACGGACACAAGCAACACCCUCAGGCAUACCAGCCAGUGCAGCAUCACCAACAUAUGGGCAUGGGCAAAGAAGGCUUUCCCCAGCAACAGUACCUUGGAAAAGAGGUGCCUUACAUGCAGUAUCCACAUUACAGGAAGGAGCAACCACUGCUGCCCAUGCACAAGGGCAAAGGAAAUGCUCGUAAAGGCGGUGGAUAUAAUGGUGGUCAAGACAAAGGACAGACAAUUCCCAGUGGGGCUGAAGGAAUUCCUCAAGGAGAACUUGGUCCAGCUGGACCACCUGGACCAGAGGGGCCUCCAGGACCUCCUGGACCUCCAGGAAAUGGACAGCCAGGGCCUGUGGGACAACCUGGACCUUCUGGUCAACCAGGAUUGCCUGGAAUGGGAAAACCAGGUUUACAAGGGCUGCCAGGCAAGCCAGGAGGAAAUGGUGAGGCUGGACCACAAGGUGAAAUGGGUCCCAGCGGUGAGAAUGGACCAUCUGGACAGCCAGGACCUCAGGGUCCCCCAGGACCACCUGGGCUACCAGGAAUAGGUAAACCAGGGGUGCAGGGACUACCAGGUCAACCAGGGACAAAAGGAGAACCAGGUCACAAAGGUCUACCAGGACUACCAGGAUUACCCGGACCCAAAGGUGAUAAAGGAAUGGGUCAGCCAGGACAACCCGGUCACAAAGGUCUCCCAGGGCCCCAUGGACCAGCAGGCCCAAGAGGACUGCCUGGUUUUGGAAAACCUGGGUUGAAUGGGGCACCAGGCCCACAAGGACCACCAGGAGAGAAAGGACAUCCUGGAGAGCAAGGACCAGAUGGGCCACGUGGUGAAGGAGGACAGCCUGGUUCACCAGGACUCCCUGGUCAAGGAAAGCCAGGUCAAAAUGGCCUUCCAGGACAGCCAGGCAUGUCAGGUGCCAAAGGACAUCCAGGACCACCAGGUUUGCCAGGGAAGCCAGGACUUCCCGGGUUUGGUAAACCAGGGCUGCCAGGACCAAAGGGUGAUAAAGGCAUGGGUGGGUUACCUGGACUGCUAGGCCCAAAAGGAGAAAAGGGACAUGGAGGACUACCUGGUAUGCUUGGAUCCCCUGGACCAAAUGGUCCACCAGGUCUUCCAGGUUCCAUGGGACCACCAGGAGGUAUAGGUUCCCCUGGACCUAAAGGAGACUGCGGUGAAGGAGGGCCUAAAGGGCUUGAUGGAGCCCAGGGUGAACCUGGUCCUCCUGGGAUACCUGGUAAGGAUGGUCUGACUGGAAACAAUGGAGAGCCAGGGCCAAGAGGUCCCCCCGGGCCAAGUGGUGUCAAAGGAGAAGAUGGACAUAAAGGUCUACCUGGUACCCCUGGUCCUCCAGGACUUCCAGGGCUAAAAGGACAUGGUGGAUUACCUGGUGAAGUCGGACCCCAAGGCCCUAAAGGAAUCCCAGGAAUGGAUGGUGCAGCAGGACCAAUUGGGCCUGCUGGUCUUCCUGGGUCAAAGGGAGAUGGUGGUCCCCCUGGUCUACCGGGAAGUGUAGGUGAGGGGAGUCCAGGUCUUCCUGGUCCCAUAGGACCCCAAGGAAAAGAGGGACCAUUAGGACCCUCUGGAAAACCAGGUCAGCCUGGCCCUCCUGGACCACCAGGCCCACCUGGAGCAACUGGACUGUCUCCUGACAUGGCUGGAGUACUCUCUGUAAUGGGACCUGGACUAGAUGGUGUUAAGACAGGUAGUUACAGUAAGAAGGGCAAGUAUGACGGUAAUGGGGCAGAAGUAAUGGGUGUCAGUGGGUUGGAAAUGCCAGCAUUUACAGCUGUAGCAACAACUCCCUUUCCACCUGUGGGGACUCCAGUUGUUUUUGACAAGCUCUUAUACAAUGGUCGCCAAAACUACAACCCCCAGACAGGAAUUUUCACCUGUGACAUGCCUGGCAUUUAUUACUUUGCCUACCACAUCCAUUGCAAAGGAGCCAAUGUGUGGGUGGCUUUGAUGAGGAACAAUGAGCCAGUGAUGUAUACAUAUGAUGAAUACAAGAAGGGUUUCCUAGACCAAGCAUCAGGGAGUGCGGUACUACCUUUACAACCUGGAGACACUGUGUAUAUUCAACUGCCCUCAGAUCAGGCUUCAGGACUUUAUGCUGGGCAGUACGUGCACUCCUCCUUUUCUGGAUAUUUGUUGUAUCCAAUGUAAAACCACAAACUGCAAGAAGAGAGAGGCUUUAGUGAGAACAAAAUAGGAGCAUAGUUUUGUAUUAUAACAACUGAAUUACCUGAGACAGAGCAGUCCUUUUAAUGCAAACAAACUGUUGAUCAAUAACAGACAUGAGAGGAGAAGAUAAUGAAGGGUUGUACAGAAAACAGCUUUUAUCCUGUGAACCCUUAUAGCUGUUUAAUCGGGAAACAAAGAUCUUUGUUUCACAGCUUUGAAAACAAAAAGAGUGGGGACAUUCUAUGAAGACCUAAGAUGGCUCUGGAAGUAUUCUUUUUUUAAAACAACAAGAGUGCAAUUUGUUAUUAAAUGUAAAGACAUCAGAGGAAUGUGUAAAGUGUAUGGAAAAGAAGAUUAAAAAUGUAAAGUUCUAGUAAUACCAUUGUAACAGUAUUAGAUUGUGUCCCUGCACCUCUUCAAAACUGGCAGCUACUCCAUGUGGCAAGAAUGUGAAAUACAGUAGGAAGGCAUUCUGGCAAGAAAUUCAUAAUUUUACAUUUUCACCUUUGUAAAAAUGUUUUACAGCAAGUAAGUAAAAUUGCAUUGCAUUGAGUAUUUUAGACAUUAAUGCAUUUCAGGUCAUGCAACCUGCAAAUGACUGAGGUUUGUAAUUUGAGUGAGAAUCAAAGAAUAAGAAUGUAAUAUUAAUUUCAUGUUUUUUUUAUGGAUGUAGUGCUGUAAAGAAAUAUUUUUUAUGCAAAAUCACAAAGGUCAAAUAAACUCAACAUUUUGCCCUGAACUAUCAAAACCACUCCUUUGAAUGAAUAUGAAACACCAAUAAACAGAAAACGCAAGACCAGAUAGUCUGUCUCAAUAUGUACUGCACAUGUACAAUUGUGCAGUUAUUACUUAAAUUAUUUGACAGGGUUUAAGUAAUUUUCCACUCAAUUCUGCUGUUGAAAGAAAAGUCAAACAGAUGAGGAUUUAUAUAAAGAUUUCACUAUAGUGUGAUUUCAUCCUUUUAGACAUAAAUGUAUCUGUUUUUAAUUUAAAAUUCAACUGUUAAUACUCUGUAACUCUUCUGUAAGUCAUGAUUUCAAGUUAGAACAACUUUAUACAUAAUCCUAUUGUAGUUAUAAUAGCAGCAUAAUUAAAAAGGUGACAUAUGAAAACUAAUUGGUAACUACAUGUGUUAAAUGAAACUCUUUAACAAUGGGGCUUCAUAUGUAACCAGUUGCUUUCGUGUAAUUUGUUUUGUGAUAUAACAAAAUUAGGUUCCACAGUUUUCCUGGUGGGAUUCAUUUAGAAUCUUGCUGCCAUGUUUGUGAGGAAAACAUCAAUUUGCAUUACAGGACUCAAAACAAGUCAUGAACAUUGCAGCAAAUCAUAGCAACAAUUAUGUCAGUAAUUUAUUAUUUUAUCUGCGGAUUACCUAUAUGCUAUGAAAUGGACAUCCAGCAUUAAAAGUUUUAAAGGAAAAAAUAAAUGUUUCUUCUUUUAACCAUGGUGCUAAUAUUUUCAGUGUAACCAAUGAAUUUGUGUCUUAUUGUUUCAUGUUUGUUAUGAUUAUCUAUUGUUUUUUA